UUCUACACCUCACAAAAUGACACAAAUACCCUCCUUGAAGUCCCCAAGAAGCUAGAAUUGCUGAAACAAUCUUUAUCUGAGACACUAACACAAUUCUACCCUCUAGGUGGCAAGAUCAAACAUGAACUUUCCAUUGAUUGCAAUGAUGAAGGUGCUAAUUUUGUAGUAUCCAAAGUAAAGUGUCAUCUUUCUGUGUUUCUAAGCCACCCCAAUUUGACCCUUUUGCACAAGUUCCUUCCUAGUGAUGAACUUGUUUCUAAAGAAUCAAACUUUGGAACCUAUGUCACCAACAUCCAAGUGAAUAUGUUUCAAUGUGGUGGAAUUGCCAUUGGAACAUGCAUUUCACAUAGGAUUAUAGAUGGUGCUGCAUUAGCCACAUUCCUAAAGUGUUGGAGUGAAAGGGCUAGAGGCUGCAAACACUUGACACAACCAAAGUUCAUAGCAUCUUCUCUUUUUCCCACAAAUAGUUUAUGGCUUAGAGACUUAUCAAUGGGAAUGUGGGGUUCCUUGUUCAGGCAAGGAAAGUGUGUAACAAAGAGGUUCUUGUUCACAAACAAAGCUAUAUCCACCCUCAAGGCUCAAAUGUCUGCAAAAUAUUGCUAUGAUGCAGCGCAAGAUCCACCUACGCGGUUGGAGACUGUUUCUGCAAUCUUGUGGAAGUGUCUCGUGGCAGCAUCCCAAUCGCGGUUUGAAGUGCAAAGGUCUUCUUUUGUGACUCAUUUGGUGAACUUGCGGCGGAGAAUGGAUGAAGCUCUAUGUCCUGAUCACACCAUGGGCAACCUAGUUUGGUUAGUUUCAGCUAAGCAUUUCGACGAACACGGGAUGAGCAUGGAUGACUUGGCGUGUAAGCUAAGGAACACAAUAUCAAGAAUCGAUAAGGAUUUUGUCGACAAAUUGCGAAGCGAAAAAGGGAUCUCAAUCAUGAAAGAUUCGCUUAGGGAAAUAUGUGAGUUAAGAUCAAGGAAUGAAAUGGAACAUUUUGGGUUUAGUAGUUGGUGCAAUCUUGGAUUCUAUGAAGCUGAUUUUGGGUGGGGAAAACCAACAUGGGUGAGUAGUGUUGCAUCAAAUGGUCCUAUGUUCAUGAAUCUCAUCAUUUUGGUUGAUACAAAGUUAAGAGAUGGCAUUGAAGCUUGGGUUACAUUGGAUGAAAAUGACAUGAAUCAUUUGAUUUCAAACACUGAAAUCCUCAAUUAUGCAACUUUGGAUCCAAGUCCUUUAGACCAAAGUUAUUAAGUCAUUUCCAUGAAAAGAACAUAUAUUUUUCAACUUCAUAGGAAGUUAAUAGUUGAAAACCGUUAAAUGAAUUGAGAGAUUCGACUAAAUUAUCAUCUAACGG